CCACCAACAAGAACACAACAGAACAGAGCACAACAUCACCUAGCUAGCCGCAGCGACAGAGAGUCACCGAGAUCCAAGAACCUAGCUAGCACAAACACACCGCCGCCGCACCACCACCACCACCACCAACACAGACGCAUGGGUCGCUGGGCCAUUGCGAUCCACGGCGGCGCCGGCGUGGACCCGAACCUGCCGGAGCAGCGGCAGGAGGAGGCGAAGCGCGUGCUGGCCCGGUGCCUGCAGCUCGGCGUGGACCUGCUCCGCGCCGGCUCCUCGGCCCUGGACGUCGUCGAGGCCGUGGUGCGCGAGCUGGAGACGGACCCCUGCUUCAACUCGGGGCGGGGGUCCGCGCUCACCCGCGCCGGCACCGUCGAGAUGGAGGCCAGCAUCAUGGACGGCCGCGGGCGGCGAUGCGGCGCCGUCUCCGGCGUGUCCACCGUCCGGAACCCCGUGUCGCUGGCGCGGCGCGUCAUGGAGAAGUCGCCCCACUCCUACCUCGCCUUCGCCGGCGCCGAGGAUUUCGCGCGCGACCAGGGCCUGGAGGUGGUGGACAACAGCUACUUCAUCACCGACGAGAACGUGGGCAUGCUCAAGCUCGCCAAGGAGGCCAACACCAUCCUCUUCGACUACCGCGUCCCACUCUCCGGCGCCGACACCUGCGCGCUGGCCGCCGCCGCCUCGGACAACGCCAACGGCAUGGUCAUGAACGGGCUGCCCAUCAGCAUCUACGCGCCAGAAACCGUGGGCUGCGCGGUGGUCGACUCCAACGGCUUCACCGCCGCCGCUACCUCGACCGGCGGGCUGAUGAACAAGAUGACGGGCCGGAUCGGCGACUCGCCGCUCAUCGGGGCCGGGACCUACGCGUGCGGGCUCUGCGCCGUGUCGUGCACGGGGGAGGGCGAGGCCAUCAUCCGCUCCACGCUCGCGCGGGACGUGGCCGCCGUCAUGGAGUACAAGGGGCUGCCGCUGCAGGAGGCCGUCGACUUCUGCGUCAAAGAGCGGCUUGAUGAGGGCUUCGCGGGGCUCAUCGCCGUGUCCGGGACGGGGGAGGUGGCGUAUGGGUUCAACUGCACCGGCAUGUUCAGGGGCUGCGCCACCGAGGAUGGGUUCAUGGAGGUCGGCAUCUGGGAGUGAUCGAGCUGAGCUUAGCUGGGAUGGGUUGUGUUAGCAUUUGGCCAUCCUGCGAUUGUCAUGUGGUUCUGCUCUGGGGAUCGUGGGGUCGUACCUGGUGAUAGUAGUAGUGGAUUGGAAAUUCGAGGUGCUUGGGAUGAAUAAUUAUGGAGAUUAUGAUGAUGAUUGUGAUUGGCCGUGGAAAUAAUAAUGUGAAAAGUUCUACGGCUUCUGA